ACUGCAGCGAGCGCACCGACGCCGGGAGAGUUUGAGCGCAGCUGCCCCGGGUCGGCGUCCAAGCUGAAACCUCCCCGUCUUCGCGAUUGCCCGCGGUCAGGCUCUGCGGGCUCUCGCAGGGGUGUGUUGUGGCUUGCACGCGAUGCUACAGCGGGUUGCUGACAGUCGACUGUUCAGACUUCACUGACCAUAGUUACCUCUGGGGGCUUCCACCGUGAACUGCGGGCCGCCCGAGGAGGCUAGACAUCCGGAGCAGGGUGUGCAAAGCUUUACAGCCUUCAGAUUGCCUGCCAUGGUGACAGUACCUUUCCAUGGUCCACAAGUGGGAGUUUCCCUGUGUGGCUCUGGAUGUCCUAGAACUCACUCUGUAGGCCAGUCCUUUGCCUCCCAAGUGCUGGGAUUAAAGGCAUGUGCUACCACCGCCAGGCAAUUUAAACUUUUUUAAGGUGUCCUACUCCAGACUUGAAGUUCCUUUCUUAAGCGCUGAAAGAGUGAUAUUCUUCAGUAGUCAAGAUGUCUUCAGCACCCGAGCCUCCAACAGUUAAGAAAGAACCACCAAAAGAGAGGAACUUUGAAAACCCAGGCCUCCGAGGGACGCACACAACAACCUUAUUUCGAGCUGUGAAUCCUGAGCUCUUCAUUAAACCUAACAAACCUGUAAUGGCCUUUGGGUUGGUAGCCCUUUCACUUUGUGUGGCUUAUAUUGGUUAUCUGCAUGCAACACAAGAGAACAAAAAGGACCUCUAUGAAGCUGUUGAUAGUGAAGGGCAUCGUUACAUGAGGAGAAAAACAUCUAAAUGGGAUUAAAGUGCUGGUUCCUUCAGAUGGAGCCUUAUUACAGGCUCCGAAAUCUUCAAAUGAAAGACUUUAUGAUAGAGUAUGGAAUUAUGCUAAUUGCUUCUUGUUCUGUAAUCUGUUAAUGAGAGAAUAUACAGUUGGAAACAGUCCACUGUAGUAAAUUUAGUUACAGCUGCAGCUAUUGUCUCAUUCUUUUCCCACAAAAGAUUUCUCAAUAUUUCUUCUAUGAAAAUGCCAUAAGAAUGGAAGUCUUUUUUGUUAAAUUCUGUAUAAAAAAAAGUAACCAGUACUGUUAAAUUUGCAUGGAGUUUCUAAUGUUUUAAGGUGAAUUACACCUUUGCAUCCAUGUUUUGCUGUUUAAUAGAGAAGAUACCCCCUUCAGAUACUAAAAUCAUAGCUAAAUGGAAGAAUAAAACAAAGUAAUUGGAGUUUUUCUUUUAAAAAUGUUAUAGUGAACCUUACAGAAGAGAAAGUGGGGAAUAACCUGAAUGCAUUGGCACGGGAGAAGACUUUCUGAACAGAACAUCAUUAGUGCGGGCACUAAGAUCAACAGUUAAUAAAUGGAACCUCAUGAAACUGAAAAACUGUAAGGCAAAGGACACCGUCAUUCAGACAAAGUGGCAGCCUACAGAAUAGGAAAGGAUUUUUAUCAACUCCACAUCUGAUAGGGAACUAAUAUCCAAAAUAUAUAAAGGAAUAAAACUAGGUAUUUGUAGAUGUAACCAUCUUGUUAAAUAAGAAACACAGAGCCAAAUACAGAGUUAAAAGCCAAGAGGUCAGAGCAAUAGCUAAGAGCUGAGACUAAAAACCUCCUUACCCUUCCUGCUGCUGCUGUCCUUCCCUCAGCCAGAGGCCUACUUCCUGUGUGUCUGUCCUUUUUAUUGACUUUCUGUUCUGCCUUCUCAUUGGUUGUAAACCUAACCACAUGACCUCCUCGUCACUGCCUGUCUGUACAGACCUCCAGGUCCUCUAUGGUUGGUAUUGAGAUUAAAGGCUUGUGUCUCCA